GAAAGAAAAAGAAAAGAAAAGGGGGUGGAGGAGCAAAAGAAAUGGAGAAACCUUGAACCCAAAGCUUCACUAUCACCAUCACCAACCUCUGUCAGCCUUAUCUUUUAAGCAAAUACUCAUACCCACAGCACCAUCAUUCUCUCUCUCUCUCUUACACACACACACACACACACACACAUACACACACAUUAACUUCUUCAUACAAAACCACAAUCUCUACAAAUUAUUUUGUUGCUUAUGAUGAAGAAGCUACUCUCUCCCUAGGAGUCUAGUUUUCCCUCAAAGCCUCUUCCUUUUACAAAGAACAAUAAUGGGGUCUUUCCAAACACCUAUGGGAAUGCGGAGCUCGACAUUGGUAGAAGCAUCAUGUGGAUAUUUACUCCAAGAAUUGCAGAUGAUAUGGGAUGAAGUUGGAGAAGAUCAGUUUGAAAGGGAAAAGGUUCUCCUAGACCUAGAGCAGGAGUGUCUAGAGGUUUAUCGCAGAAAAGUUGACAGUGCAAACAUUUCAAGAGCACGUCUGCAUCAGGAGUUAGCAGAAUCAGAGGCUGAAUUUACGCACCUCCUUCUUUCCCUCGAUGAACGGUCUCUCCCUGGAAGGCCAGAGAAAAUGACAGGAACAUUAAAAGAGCAGCUAGAUUCAAUUACCCCAGCUCUACGGGAAAUGCAACUGAGGAAAGAAGAGAGGGUGAAGCAAUUCCAAGGCGUGCAAAGGCAAAUUCAGAAAAUUUCUGCAGAAAUAGCAGGUCAAUCAGAAUGCGAUGAUUCAUCAUCAAAAAUCCAAGUAAAUGAGAACGAUCUUUCACAGAAAAAACUCGAUGAGUACCAAAUCGAGCUACAAAGGCUGCAUAAAGAGAAGAAUGACAGACUCCAAAGAGUGGAAAAAUAUAUAAGCACAGUUCAGAACCUGUCUGCCACGUUGGGAAUGGAUUCGUCAAUGAUCAUCACAAAAGUUCACCCAAGCCUGAAUGAAUUGUCUGGACUGUCAAAGAACAUAAGUGACGGUAUUUUGGUUAAACUAAACAGCACAGUAGAGUCUCUUGAAGAAGAAAAACACAAGCGACUAGAGAAGCUUCACCAUCUUGGUAAAGCAUUGACAAACUUGUGGAACCUUAUGGAUACGCCUUUCGAAGACCGUCAAUUGUUCUGUCACAUUACUAAUUUAUUAUUGUCAGCUUCAUCGGCUGAAAUAUCCUCUCCUGGAAGCCUCACCCUUGAUAUAAUCCAGCAGGUGGAGGCUGAAGUUAAGAGAUUGGAUCAAUUGAAAGCAAGCAAGAUGAAAGAACUUUUCGUUAAGAAACAAUUUGAACUCGAGGAGAUAUGCAAUAGAUCGCACAUGGAUAUCCCUUCACAGUCAGAGAUGGAUAAUAUGAUAAAUCUAAUAAACUCGGGGGAGAUUGACCACGCUGAUCUCCUCAUGAGCAUGGAUGACCAGAUAUCCAAAGCAAAAGAAGAAGCCUCUAGCAGGAAGGUUAUAAUGGAGAAGGUGGAAAAGUGGAUUUCAGCACGUGACGAGGAGCGAUGGCUAGAAGAAUAUAGUAUGGAUGAGAAUCGAUAUUCAGUCAGUAGAGGUGCUCACAAGAAUCUGAAACGUGCAGAACGUGCCCGAGUAAUGGUGAACAAAAUACCUGCUUUGGUGGACCUACUGAUAGCCAAGACUAAAGAUUGGGAAGAGGAACGAAAGAAAGUUUUCUUAUAUGAUGAGGUACCUCUGCUGGCAAUGUUGGAAGAGUACAACAUGUUAAGGCAGGAAAGAGAAGAACAGAAGCAAAGACAAAGGGAAAAGAAGAAGGUUCAGAUUCAAGUAGUGGUUGAGCAAGAAAAUUUGUUUGGGCCCAGGCCAAGCACCGGCAGUCGACGUCUUUCAAACAAAAGCUUAAAUGGAGGUUUUAACAAUGCUAGCCCUGUAAACAGAAGGCUUUCUCUGGGUAUACAGCAACUUGGAUUAAAUGGCAGCAACUCAGCAACACAGAGCAUAGCCUUCAUAAAAGAAGGAAAGAAAACACAUAGCCAAAAGAUACUUGCACGAACUGGCCUUGCUUCUCAUAGCAGAGACGAUACAGCUUCAGUAGUCUCAACAUUUUCUGGCCCCUUCUCACCUUGAAAAUGCGAUGAAAAUUUAGAUCCUGCACAAGAAUAACUCAGUUAGUUAAUUCAGUUUACAAAGAUGGUUGUGUAAUUAUGCCCAUUGUGCUUAAGUCAAACAGCAGUCACUUUGUGCAAAUAAUGCUGAAGGUUUGGUCUGUAUCCAAUUCACCACUCCCACUGUCUUGCAUAGGCAGGAUCAAACUGCGUAAUGGCCUUUCUAAUUAUGCCUCGCAUCUUUUCAAGAAGGGCCCCGCCUUGAACCUCAAGGGAUUUGUGAUGGAAUAUGCAAACAAAAACAGUUUUUUGAUCAAUUUAUUAUUCUGUGUUGUACAGUAUAAUAUUACAUGUACCAAGAAGUACAGUGAAAGAUGCUUUCAAUCAACGAGCAGCAGUUCCUUGAUGGUGAAUUGAGCAAUGCCAUGUUUCAUCUUGCUCAAUGUGUGUGUAAGAAUAAUAGUUUCUUUUUGUUGGGUUUUGUUGAAUAAUUGUACUAAGGGUAUUACGGCAAUUUGAUUAUGUAAACCCUAGCAUAUAUAUUGUUGUCUUCACAGCACACAUUGUACUAUUCUCUGCUUUCAUUAUAGUGAAACUGGUGUGAGCCAUGGAUAUAGGCAAACUUCCCAAACCACAAAAA